CUCGCUUCUUCCACCUCCUCUCCACCGACCACCAUUACCGACAACUUCUCUUCUUCAUCAAAACCUCCGUCGCCAUCAUCCGACAGCCACCGCGCUGCGGCGACACACCAACUCGCACAUCAGCGACCGCAAGACUGCAAGCACUGAGAUCCACCGGACGCCGCGGCUGUCUGACGCAUCAGGCGCUGAUUCAUCAGGGUAAGCUAGCGAGACAUAUUGGCGAGCGGCAGGCAGAGGAAUAUCAGAAAGACGUUGGGUUCGAGUUUGAGACAACACUGUCGACCACAGACAGCCUCCUUUUUGCUUUCGCAUACUCGUGCGGUGCACUCGAGGUCGCACUGCGCCCCGGGUGUCAUUCAGCCGUUUUUCAAAAGACAGCCAGCGCGCCUGGUGUACCUGUCGCAGGCAGUUGCUAUUGAAUACAAAUCCACCUUCCACGGUCGUGCAUUUCUGAGCUAGUCGGCAAAGCCUUCUGUUCACUUGUACACCACAAUUCCCUCAGUUCUGCUGCAUCGUGUAAAUUGCGCCCGCGCAAGGAACUACUUUUCUCACACAAAACCGACAGCGCGAAAUCUUCGCUUCUGGCCCUUUGGCUCUGGUCAUCGCACCUCAUCAAAUCGCCACCAUGUCUUCGUCCAUCUUCUUCAAGUUCCGCAAUCAGAAGGACCUCACGCCAAUCGCUUUCGAUGGCAGUAGUCUUUCUGUGUUCGAAGUGAAGCGCGAGAUCAUGAAGAUUGCUCGACUCGGUGAUGGCAAAGACUUUGACCUGGACAUCUCGACUUCUGACACCAACGAGCUUUAUGAUGAUGAUACGACCCAAAUCCCGCGGUCGACCACAGUCAUCGCGAGACGUAUGCCCGCAGCUAAGAAUGGUGCUGGCCGGGCAGCUCGAUACGUGACUGGCUCCAUGCCCCUUCACGCGAAGAACUCACAUCGCACCGAGUCGAACUUGAGAGGUGGCGUUGGCAAGAAUGCUUCUGCAGCGAAUGGUGUCAAGGACAUGAGCUCGAUGACGGAGGAGGAGAAGUUGGCAGCUGUAAUGAAUGCUAGCAAUACCCAGUUCCAAGCAGAUCUUCAGUCAUCUGCGAGUAUACCAACGAAGCGCAAUGCUUUCAAGCCAGCUGCUGUACCCGACAAGCCGCUGCCUCCGGGAUAUGUCUGCUAUCGCUGUCGCAAGAAGGGACAUUGGAUCCAAGCAUGUCCUACUAACAAUGAUCCCACCUUCGAUGGCAAGAAGCCAAAGCGCACCACAGGUAUUCCGCGUUCUAUGCUUGAAAAGGUCGAGGAGCCCGACACCGACAAGGAGCUUCCUCAAGGUGUCUUCAUGAAUCAGGAUGGUGAUUACGUCCGCGUCAAGACCGACGACGCCACCUGGCAGAAGAUUCAGGAACAGCAGAAGGCUGCUGCUGAGAAGGCCAAAGAAGCGGCGGCAGUUGAUCAGGAAUUGAUCGACCGUGGUCUUCUUUGCACUCUGGACAACCGUCCGUUCACUGUACCCGUGAAGACGCCGUGCUGUGGCACCACAUACUGCAAUGAUUGCAUCGAGAACGCACUGGCCGACAACGACCUCAUCUGCCCAAAUUGUGGUGAACAGGCACUGCUUGACGACCUCAAACCAGACGAGGAAGCGCUCAACAAGCUUACAGAGUACGACGCUGAGAAGAAAGCUGGCAAGUUGCAGAAGGAGAAGGAAGCGUCCAAGAGUCCCAAGCCUGAGGAUGCUGCAGCACCAGGAUCACCAGAUGCCAAAUCGCCAGCGUCUGCGGCUUCAGCCUCAAAGAAGCGAAAGGCAGAUGACGAGCUCGACAACACGCGUCGCCCAAGCAACCCAGCCAACACGACUACGAGCUCGUCCCAGCAAGGCACGCCUGCGACCGCUGCUCAGACGAAUCCGACACAGCCACAGCCGCCAACGGCACCAAAGAACAUGACCGAGUUCGUCAACCAAAUGAACGCCAUCUCCGGUACUAUGGGAGGUGGCCAAAAUGGUAUGAACUCAUUUGUCAACCCAAUGAUGAACCAAAUGAUGCCAAUGAAUGGCAUGGGCUUUGGCAUGGGAAUACCUCCGAUGAUGAAUCCGAUGGCUAUGAUGAAUGGCUUCAACCCUAUGAACAUGAAUGGAAUGCCAUUCAAUGCCAUGAACGGCAUGGGAGGCUUCAAUAACGGCAUGAACGGCGGCAUGAAUGGAGGCAUGAACGGUGGCAUGAAUGGCAUGAACAACGCUCAGCAGCCAUGGAUGAAUGGACCUAACCGCAACGGAGGAGUACCCACGGGACCCGCUGCUGACAAUGGCGGAGCCUACUUCCGCCAGCCUGUCAACCCGCAUCGCCACAACAACCGCAAUCGAAGACAGAGGAGCGUAGACUAUAGAGAGAUGUAA